AUGAAGAUGACAAAAAUGCAUUUAGUUAAUAGUGAAAGUAUUCAAGAUUUGCUUCGUUUUAAAUACGUAAUAUUUGCUGGUGAUAGCUGUAUGCGAACAAUCUACAAAGAUAUGGUAUUAUUAUUACAAGGUACUGAUCGAUUAUUAACAGAACAAGAAUUAAAAGCAAAAAGCAAGCGAUCAAUAUGUAAUGAUCACUUAUUAGAAGGUGGCAUUUAUUCAUCGUCAACGCUGGGAAAUAAUUCAACAUAUUAUGAAAAACGUGCCUAUUUUACAACGAAUCAUUUAAUGAAAUUUGUAUUUUUGACGCGUUGUUUAAACGCACAAAUGUUCUCAAUAUUGAAAGAAAUUGAUAAACACAAUCAUGAUCCAAAAUUGCAAAAGCCAGACGUUAUUUUGUUGAAUUCAGCUAUUUGGGAUAUUACACAGUAUAGAGAUUAUGGUGGUGAAAAUGUCGAAUUAGAAUAUAAAACAAUGUUAAACGAAUGUUUUAAAUUAUUAAGUGAAUUUAUACCAGAAAAUUGUAUUGUGAUAUGGUUAACAACAUUACCAUUUUCAGAAGAUGCAAAAGCUGGUGUAUUUAAUAAUUCUUAUCAUAGAAAGAAAUUUUUACGUAUUCGUAUUCUUGAAAUCAAUACAUAUUCAUCUUAUUUGGCAUCGAAAUAUGGUUUUGAAGUUAUUGAUCUUCAUCGAUUAUUUCGUGGACGAACAGAACAUCGUGUCGAUGAUGGAAUGCACUAUGAUGAAAUUGUACAUCGAGAAAUAACAACAAUUAUUGCAAAACAUAUUGCAUGUAUAUGGAAUGUAAAACUAAGCGUACCCAUAUCAAGUCUACCAUUGACUAUUGAUGACGAUGAAAAAACACCGAGGGAUAAUGAUCAAUGUUGUAAACAAAUAUUAGCAUCUAUAGUAGAUAAAAUUGAUAAUGUUCAACUAACAAUUGAAGAGAAAACUGUUCUUGAACAAUAUUUUAAAUUAAAAAAUGAUACGAUAGUAUUUGAUGUUGAAAAUUUAAGUGACAAGGAAAAACAAGCCAUGUAUCUAUUGAACUAUUAUGAAAAACUAUUGUAA